AAGGGGGAAUGUUGCUCUGGCUAAUGCCCCUACUAAAGAACUACUUGCCACGUAAAUCGCCCCUUCUCUCUUAUCUACCAUUGAAGACUAGACAUCCACAAAGGUGGGAGGGCUUUUGAGCAUUGUUGUUUAUUUGGAAUGAGCAGCUGUUGAAGUUCCCUCCACUGAAGAUCAUGAAGCGAUGUCAGAGAGUCUCCGUCCUCAUGCUCCUGUGCUUUCUGAUUCACAUUCAAGGUCAAGAUGACUUUGAUCUAGCAGAUGCACUUGAUAAUGACGAGGACAUCACAAAGAAACCUAAUCCAGUUACCAAGAAACCAGGAUCAGAUAUCUACCCCAAACCCAAACCACCCUAUCAUCCUCAACCUGGAUCCUAUGACAAUGCUGGAGGUAACAUUAAUGAUUUAGAUUUGGAUGAUGGACGCUACCCACCCAAGCCCAGACCCCCAGCAGGUGGAGGAGGAUAUUCAAAUUAUGGAAACACACACGGUGAUUCAAUAGCUAGAAUUGUUUCUCCCAUUGUUUCUGUGGUUGUAGUAUCACUUGUUGGAGCAGCAACCAGCUAUUUUGCUUACAACCGGAGGAGAAAUUGCUGCCGAUCAAAUGAGACAGAGAAUGUCUGAAAGAGGCAGGAAUCUGCAAUGACUUUCACAUGAACUCGACUAGAACAUUUAUCAAGUUUGUUAUAUAGAUGUAUGUGUGUGUGUAAUUGCGACC